UUGAUGUAUAGAAAUAUAGAUUCAAACAUUUCUUCUCCUCUCCCUCACUCUCUUUUUCCACAAACUCUUUCCUCUCAAUUUCCAUUUCCAAUUUACGUAUUCACCUAAUAGAACAAAAGUUCUUCAAUUCAGCAUAAGAUCUUUAUCAAAUAGUUGCUUCCAUAACAACAUGGUUCUUAUUUUUCCAAAUAGGCACCAACACAGAAACUCUCUUUCAAAGUGCUAAGUGUAUAAGCCAAUAUUUAAUAUGUGGCUUAGGAUAACAUUGAACAAUUAAUCUUCUCUUGUGAUUCAACAUGUGGAUUAGAAUAUGAUUUAGCUAUUGAAGAAAGAUUAGUAGCAACUAGAGAGGAUUUAGGCCAGAAAUGAUAUGGCAUUCUUUCCAACAAACUUCAUGCUACAAACUUCUCAUCAAGAUGAUCAUCAAACUCCACCUUCACUCAACUCAAUUAUAACCUCAUGUGCACCCCAAGAAUACCAUGGAGGGGGAGUAUCAUUUUUAGGAAAGAGAUCUAUGUCAUUUUCAGGGAUAGAACUUGGAGAAGAAGCAAAUGUUGAGGAAGAACUAUCUGAUGAUGGAUCACAAUUAGGGGAAAAGAAGAGGAGGCUUAACAUGGAACAAGUGAAGACACUUGAGAAGAGUUUUGAGUUAGGAAACAAGCUUGAACCUGAGAGGAAAAUGCAACUUGCAAGGGCUCUUGGAUUACAACCAAGACAGGUUGCUAUAUGGUUUCAGAACAGAAGGGCUAGGUGGAAGACAAAGCAAUUGGAAAAAGACUAUGAUGUUCUUAAAAGACAAUAUGAUUCUAUUAAGGCUGAUAAUGAUGCACUUCAAGCUCAGAACCAAAAACUUCAGACAGAGAUAUUGGCACUGAAAAGUAGAGAACCAACAGAAUCAAUAAACCUUAAUAAAGAAACAGAGGGAUCAAGCAGCAACAGAAGUGAAAACAGUUCAGAAAUAAAGUUAGAUAUCUCAACAAGGACACAAGCUAUUGAUAGUCCCUUAUCCACUCAACAAACAAGCAGAAACCUGUUUCCAUCUUCUUCUAGACCAACAGGAGUUGCUCAACUCUUUCAAACCAAUUCAAGGCAAGAUCACAUUCAGUGCCAAAAGAUUAAUGAUCAUAUGGUUAAAGAAGAGAGCUUGAGUAACAUGUUUUGUGGCAUUGAUGAUCAAUCUGGAUUAUGGCCAUGGUUGGAGCACCAACACUUCAAUUGAUCCAAAUAAAAUAAGAGUUUUGAGAUUGGAAUUUACUUUAGCACAAAUGAAAUCAAGAGGGUGUGAAUUGAUUAUUAUACUUAAGAGCUGCUAAAGUUGAAAACAUUGUGUUUUUGGUAAACUUGAUGUAUAAAAUAGGAUAUAUAUCAAGCAUAAUUUUUCUGGUUGAGCUUGAAAAUUUUUAUAUGAAACAAUAAAAGUGUUCUUACUUUUUUUUGGUUAAUUAAUA